AUGAGAAACCAGGAAACGGUGCCCAGAAACCUGUCUCAGAACUACCUAAAGAAAGAGAAACAGCUGGCAGGAUCUCUGUCUCUGGUCUUGGCUUUGUUUGCCCUGUCCUGGCUCCCUCUCCACAUUAUGAACUGCAUGGUUUACUUUGGUCAGCAGAAUGAUUUCCUUCUGGUCAUGCAGCUGGUGAUUCGACGGUACAGUCCCUCAGACAAGGACACAGUGCUCAACCUGUUCAGCAUCGGCAUCCAGGAGCACAUCCGUCCAUGUUUUCACAACGCCAUAACCAGCCCUCUCUACCUCGCCAUAACGCUGGCUCUGUGUGUCGCUGGCUACCUGCUCGGCUCCGUGUUAGGGGCUGUGGUGUUACCAGGAGCCUGGGUGGGCCUUGUCUACUACUGCUGUCAUGAGCUAUAUGCCUGCUACGUCAGGGAGAAACUCCGGACAGACAUGCAGGACAUCCCUGGGAACUAUCUGAGCAAACCGAAUGACUGUUUCUGGGUAGCGGAGGCUGAGGUUGAUGGGAGGGCCCAGAUCAUGGGUAUGGUGGCUGUAGUGGGUAAACAAAAUGGGAAAGAAAUACACGGGGAACUUUUCAGAAUGAUCAUCUCCCCAUCGUGUAGACGCGUGGGCCUGGGCUUCAGGAUGGCUCAGACUGUGGUGGACUUCUGUAAGGAACAAGGCUUCUCCAAGGUCGUGCUGGAGACCAGCUCCAUUCAGAAAGCUGCUGUGUCGCUGUACAAGAAACUGGGGUUCAGCCAUGUCCUCUCACACACUGAAACACAGGCUCCUGUCUGGAUGAUAAUGCUGGCCAAGGUGUCUGUUGUAGUAAUGGAAAAACACCUGUAGUCAUGAAAUAAUCCUGAUCAGCUACUGCGAUGUUCCUGUUGUGCUCCUCUGUAUCAGUGGUUUAACCUUUUGCAUCGAUAAUAGUUGACUGAAACCAUAAUCUGUAAGCUAUGUCUCACAAACUCAAAGUCUCAGGUAGAGCAUAAAGCAAGAGCCUUUUCUUUGCACUUUAUGUAAGACCAAUUUAUCUCAAUGUUUUAAACAUGCUCUUAAAAGUUUACUGGACCAAAAUACUCUGACUGUUGACCACUGAUAAUAUUUCUUUAUAAAUGCUAGUUUCAACUCCUGUUGUUCUAUUUCACAAAUGAUCGAUCACAUUUACUUGUUUUUAUAC